CCGGGUUUAUGUUCUAAGAACAUUGUUUUUGUUAUUAGGGCAUUUUUGGGUUUGCGUGCAGGAGCGUCCAGGAUCUUGCAGGAUCCUGCGAAGCCCGACUGACCCGAGUUUGGAUUGACCCGGGUCAGUGCGCCCCCGAGGUGUACGUGCCCGAUGACCACGGGAAGUUCCUGCUGGUUUACACCAACGGCGCCCGCCCGAACGUGGCAACGGGCGACAUCAUUGCCAAAUUCGGGCCGACCGAGAAGGUACCCCCCUUCAAGAUCACGGGGAAGCCGACCGAGCUGAAAAAGCACGUAGACCAGAACAAACUGUACUACGAGGGCUUCUGCACGUUUCUGGCUGUCGCCGUGAAGAUGAGGUGCUCGUACCUCGAGGUCUUCAACGGCAAUGUGCCGCCGAAUCGACCGCAGGUUGCGGUUAUCUUCUUGGAGGGUGAUGGCCUCAUGGAAAGCAAACACCGCGUGGUAAAGUUCGGAGGGUCGUCGUUGCCCGACGAGCCGCGGCGAUGGGAAGGAAACGGUGAGGACAUUCACUUUGUAGGGACGAUCAGCUACAUGGACAAUACGUUCGAUAACAUCAAAGAGCUCGUCAAGGACGUCUUCUUCAAGCUCUGUACAACUAGAGGCGGCUGCGCCAUAAAGGCGAAGUCCUAGUUUCUGCGGCAGGAAAAAAUGAGCGACACCCGCAGGCGAAGCGACGAUCCGUCCAGGGCACGGGCACCCGGCGCAUCCAGGGCAGGGCUCGACGAGUCCUCAGGGGCGACGAGCCGGCCCCGGUUCCCAGCCCAGCGGGCCAGAGGCCUUCCGUUUUUGGCUGGGUCGCCCCUCCUGCGUUUUUCAGCUGCCGUCCGAUGGUGGGGCCCUUCGCCUACUGUGGGAGUCUCGCCGCCACCCGGCCGCGGCGUGCAAUGUCCUGUCCCCUGUUCACUUGUGGUGGUUUCGUUCACUUGUGGUGGUUUCGCGCGGGGUUCCGCCGCGAGCUGUCCCCGCCAGGGCGUCGUUGGGUACCAGGCGCGGGCGGGC